ACGCUGGGUAUAGCCAACUGACAUUUUUUUUUACAUUUAGCGCUAAAAAAAAUAAGCACACUUCUACGUGUAAUCCUAUUCUGUGUUAUAUGUUGCACUAUUGCACCAAGAAAAAAUCCUAGCUUGUGAACCCGUUCUCAAACAAUGGCAAUAAAAAACUAUUCUGAAUUUUGAUUCUGAAACACGUUUCGCAAACACUUAGUAGCAGUCUUUGUCUUGAACGCAGCCCGUCCCGGAGUUUGUUACGAUGGUGACGCUGGUGGAGGUGUUGAGCCUCAUGCUGGUGUCCGUGUUGUGGGGCUGCACCAAUCCAUUUCUAAAGAGAGGCACAGAAGGUAUCGAACAUGUCUCCAAGUCCAAUAAAGUCUCUCAGUUCCUGGCUGAGGUCAAAUUCCUCUUCCUUAACGUCAAGUACUUAAUCCCGUUUGUACUGAACCAGACUGGCUCAUUGGUCUACUAUUACACACUCUCCACCACAGACUUGUCAUUUGCUGUGCCCGUGUCCAACUCUCUAACCUUACUGUGUACUCUGCUCACUGGCAAGUUACUGGGUGAAGACUUUGGAGGCAAACAGGCUGUCGCUGGACUGUUCCUCACCGUGUUUGGCAUUACUUUGUGUGUCAUAAGCUCCAUAGAAGACACUGGCACUCAGCCUCCGUCCUGAUGGCAACUUUUAAAUGUAACUGCACUAUUAGCGCUGAUCUGGCCACUCAAAACGUAAAUAUUAAUUUCUGGCAAGGCCACACUACUCUUCAAUGUUUACUUACAAACUACGGAAAAAAAACAUAUCAGUAAAAAUGUUCACAUUUCAAGAAUUACAUUUCCAACUAGAGAAAGCCUGUUGUGACUAAGUUGUAGUUUUAUCUGCCCAUAUGCUAACAUAAGUACGCCAUAAGUGAGUGUAAAACAUACAUCUUUUGUAGUACAAGCUUUAGUAGGUCUCUCACACACACACACACACACACACACA